AUGAUUUUGCUGUACGAGCUGCAGAAGCGUCUGGCUAAUCUACGGCCAACCAACACAGUAGUAACUACGCCCACCGGUGCCCGUUUCAUCGAGCGGCGCACUUCCCCCAGCGACGAAAAGGAUGUCGAUCUGUUUCCUGAGCAGCAGCAGCAGUUAGAGGCGCGUGCCUACGGUUUCGUGGUAGACACCAAGCCCGAUACCGUGCCCGCCUGUAUCCUAAGCGAGUUUCUGUACCUCGGCUCUCAGGACUCCGUAAGCACCGAAAACGUGCUCAAGUUUAAGGUUACGCACAUCCUGAGUAUUGGCAUUGAAACUCCCAAUGUCGAGCUACCCGCGACACUUAAAUGCAAGCAUCUACCCUGCUUGGACCUGCCAGAGACCGACUUAAUGCCCUAUGUGCUGCCCGUCUCAAUCGAAUUCAUCGACGAGGCCAGAAGAUCGCGGGGCUGCGUACUGGUUCACUGCAAUGCGGGAGUUUCGCGUUCCGCCGCCGUUGUAAUCGGCUACUUGAUGCAACGGCGAGACAUGGGCUACGAGGAGGCCUACAACUUGGUCAAGUCCUGGCGUCCGUGCAUCCAGCCCAAUGCUGGCUUCGUCCAGCAGCUGAAGAAGUCUAUUAAGUAAAUGUUGUUUGCGGUGUCUAGCUUUUUUUAUAGUGUGAUAAGGG